GCCCCGCGCCGUUCUCCAGCCCCGGAAGCGUUGGGCGCCGCCUCGUUCGGGGCCGUUCCUUGCCGUCCGCCGCGGCCCGGCGCCGCCAUGGGAGUACCGGCUUUCUUUCGCUGGCUCAGCCGCAAGUACCCGUCCAUUAUCGUCAACUGCGUGGAGGAGAAGGCCAAAGAAUGCAAUGGCGUCAAGGCUUCUGUUGAUACAAGCAGACCAAACCCUAAUGAGGUGGAGUUUGAUAAUCUGUACUUGGAUAUGAAUGGUAUCAUUCACCCUUGUACACAUCCAGAAGACAAGCCAGCACCUAAAAAUGAAGAUGAAAUGAUGGUUGCAAUUUUUGAGUAUAUUGACAGGAUCUUCAACAUUGUAAGACCAAGGCGACUUCUCUACAUGGCUAUAGAUGGAGUGGCUCCACGUGCAAAAAUGAAUCAGCAGCGGUCAAGAAGAUUCAGAGCAUCAAAGGAGGGCAUGGAAGCUGCUGAAGAGAAGCAAAAAAUAAGACAAGAAAUUCUGGCGAAAGGUGGCAUUCUUCCUCCAGAAGAAGUGAAGGAAAGAUUUGACAGCAACUGUAUUACCCCAGGAACUGAGUUUAUGGACAAUCUGGCAAAAUGUCUUCGCUAUUACAUCGCUGACCGUUUGAACAGUGACCCAGGGUGGAAAAAUUUGACAGUAAUCCUGUCUGAUGCUAGUGCUCCUGGUGAAGGUGAACAUAAAAUCAUGGAUUACAUUAGAAGACAAAGAGCUCAACCAAACCAUGACCCGAACACUCAUCACUGUCUGUGUGGGGCUGAUGCUGAUCUAAUAAUGCUUGGAUUAGCCACACACGAACCAAAUUUCACCAUAAUUAGGGAAGAGUUUAAACCAAAUAAACCCAAGCCGUGUGCUCUUUGUAACCAGAUGGGUCACGAGGUUAAGGAUUGUCAAGGUUUGCCCAGAGAAAAACAAGGCAAGCAUGAUCAGUUUGCAGACAGUCUUCCUGCCUCUGAACAAGAAUUUAUCUUCAUCCGCUUAUGUGUUUUGCGAGAGUAUUUAGAAAGAGAACUCACUAUGGCCAGUUUACCUUUCACUUUUGAUUUUGAAAGAAGCGUUGACGACUGGGUCUUUAUGUGCUUCUUUGUUGGAAAUGACUUUCUUCCUCAUCUGCCAUCUCUGGAGAUCAGGGAGGGAGCAAUUGAUCGCUUGGUUAACAUAUAUAAAAACGUGGUGCACAAAACCGGGGGCUAUCUCACAGAAAGUGGUUUUGUCAACCUGCAGCGGGUCCAGAUGAUCAUGCUGGCUGUUGGAGAAGUUGAAGAUAGUAUUUUCAAAAAGCGAAAAGAUGAUGAUGAUAACUUUAAAAGACGACAAAAAGAAAAAAAGAAAAGAAUGAAGAGGGAUCAUCCUUCCUUUAUUCCUGGUGGGCAGUUUUCCCCUCAAGCUCUGGGAAAUCGCUCCAGUCCUCAGGCAAUCAGUAACCCCAGGCAAGCUGCCUUUGAAAUGAGAAUGCAUGACAGACAGAACUCCACGAUGUCGUCUCCAAAUACCAGUCUCAAUUCUGAUGGCUCCCCAUCCCCAGCACGAGGAAUUAAGCGAAAAUCUGAAGACAGUGACAGUGAACCUGAGCCAGAGGAUAAUAUCAGGUUAUGGGAAUCUGGUUGGAAGCAACGCUACUAUAAAAACAAGUUUGAUGUUGAUGCAUCUGAUGAGAAAUUCCGUCGUAAAGUUGUACAGUCCUAUGUUGAAGGGCUUUGCUGGGUUCUCAGAUAUUAUUAUCAGGGCUGUGCCUCCUGGAACUGGUAUUACCCUUUUCACUACGCUCCGUUUGCUUCUGACUUUGAGGGUAUUGCAGACAUGCCCUCAGAUUUUGAAAAGGGCUCCAAACCGUUCAAGCCUCUUGAACAACUGAUGGGAGUUUUUCCAGCUGCAAGUGGGAAUUUUCUGCCUCCAACCUGGAGGAAGCUCAUGACAGAUCCGGAAUCCAGCAUAAUUGACUUCUACCCUGAAGACUUUGCUAUUGAUCUGAAUGGGAAGAAGUACGCUUGGCAAGGUGUUGCAUUAUUGCCAUUUGUUGAUGAGCGACGCCUUAGGGCUGCCUUGGAAGAAGUCUAUCCUGACCUCACUCCUGAAGAAAACAGAAGAAAUAGCCUUGGUGGGGAUGUUCUUUUUGUUGGAAAACACCAUCCACUUUGUGACUUCAUUGUGGAACAGUACAAGUCCAAAAAUACAGAGCCAGUGGAUAUGCCACCAGAGUUGUGUUAUGGAAUCCAGGGAAAGCUUACACUGAAUGAAAAUGCUGUUCUUCCAGAUAAGACAGUAGAGUCUCCUGUUCCAAUGCUCCGUGAUCUUACCCAAAAUUCUGCGGUCAGGUAAGUAAAUUUUGGGAUUUAAUACGUUGGUGUACAGAGUGCAGUAAG